CCCUACCCACUACUCUUGGGGUGCUUCCUGUUUUGGGGAAAGCUCUAGUGUGUGGCCAAAGGACGGAAAGAGAAGGCGCCCUGUUCUGGAGAUCUGAAACUGAGGGGUGUGUGUGUGUGUCUGUUUUGGGGGGCCCUGGGUGUGCUGAGGCAGGGAGUGGGGAAUGGCUGGCAGAAGCCGCCGCUCCUGGCUCAGCGUGUUGCUCGGUCUGGUGCUGGGCUUCAUCCUGGCUUCCCGGCUCAUCCUCCCUCGAGCCUCGGAGCUGAAGAGAGCAGGACAGCAUCGGCGGAAGGCCAGCCUGGAAGGGUGCCGGGCAAAGGCCAGUGUGGGGUUGCUGCACCGAGACUCCCGGGGGGCCUUGCUGUGGCAUCAGGACCCUGCCGAGCACCAAGGCGAGAUCCUGCCCGCCAAGAACUUCCUCUUUGUGGGGGUCAUGACGGCUCAGAAAUACCUGCAGAACCGAGCGGUGGCGGCUUACAGAACGUGGUCCAGCACCAUCCCUGGCAAGGUUGAGUUCUUCUCCAGCGAGGGCUCAGACACCUCUCUCCCCAUCCCCAUCGUGCCACUGCCUGGUGUGGAUGACUCUUACCCACCCCAGAAGAAAUCGUUCAUGAUGCUCAAGUACAUGCAUGACCACUACUUGGACCAGUACGAAUGGUUCAUGCGGGCAGACGACGAUGUUUACGUCAAGGGAGACAAGCUGGAGAACUUCCUUCGAAGCUUGAACAGCAGCGAGCCCCUCUUCCUUGGGCAGACGGGUCUGGGCACCACGGAAGAAAUGGGGAAGCUGGCCUUGGAGCCCGGGGAGAACUUCUGUAUGGGGGGCCCAGGCGUCAUCAUGAGCCGUGAAAUCCUGCGGAGGAUGGUCCCUCAUAUCGGGGAGUGCCUUCGAGAGAUGUACACGACCCACGAGGAUGUGGAGAUUGGGCGAUGCGUACGGAGAUUCGCAGGAGUGCAGUGCGUCUGGUCUUACGAGAUGCAGCAGCUGUUUUACGAAAACUACGAGCAGAACAAAAAAGGUUACAUCAAAGACCUCCAUAAUAGCAAGAUCCACAGGGCGAUCACCUUGCACCCAAACAAGAGCCCGCCCUACCAAUACAGGCUCCAUAGCUACAUGCUUAGUCGCAAAAUAGCAGAGCUGCGCUACCGGACCAUCCAGUUGCACCGAGAAAUCGUCCUCAUGAGCAAAUACAGCAGUACGGAAGUCCACAGGGAUGACCUUCAGCUGGGCAUCGCGCCUUCCUUCAUGCGGUUUCAGCCAAGGCAACGAGAGGAUGUUCUGGAGUGGGAGUUCCUCACAGGGAAGUACCUUUACUCCGCUGCAGAUGGGCAGCCACCUCGUAGAGGGAUGGACUCCUCUCAGCGUGAGGCGUUGGACGACAUUGUGAUGCAGGUCAUGGAGAUGAUCAAUGCCAACGCCAAGACCAGAGGGCGGAUCAUAGACUUCAAGGAGAUCCAGUACGGCUAUCGCAGGGUGAAUCCAAUGUACGGGGCGGAGUACGUUCUCGACUUACUGCUCUUGUACAAGAAGCACAAGGGGAAGAAAAUGACAGUUCCUGUCCGCAGGCAUGCAUACUUGCAACAGACCUUUAGCAAAGUCCAGUUUAUGGAGCACGACGAGAUAGAUGCCAAAGAACUAGCCAAUAAAAUCAACCAGGAUUCAGGGUCUUUGUCUUUCCUCUCCAAUUCUCUCAAGAUGUUUGUCCCAUUCCAGCUGAGUAAGUCGAAAGCGGAGAAGAAGGAGCCCAAAGACAAGAAGAUCAACAUCUUGAUUCCUUUGUCUGGGCGCUUUGACAUGUUUGCUCGCUUCAUGGCGAACUUUGAAAAGACCUGCCUCAUUCCUAAUCAGAACGUCAAAUUGGUUGUCCUGCUUUUCAAUUCGGACUCCAACCCUGACAAAGCGAGGCAGGUUGAACUGAUGAGGGAUUAUCGCCUGAAAUACCCCAAGGCAGACAUGCAGAUCUUGCCGGUGUCUGGUGAAUUUUCCCGGGCUCUGGCACUAGAAGUUGGGUCCUCUCAGUUCAGCAACGAGUCCUUGCUGUUUUUCUGCGAUGUCGACUUGGUGUUUACGGCAGACUUUCUCCAGCGGUGCAGAGCGAACACUGUUUUAGGGCAACAGAUUUAUUUCCCAGUCAUCUUUAGCCAGUACGAUCCAAAGAUUGUCUAUAGUGGAAAAGUUCCUAGUGAUAAUCACUUUGCCUUCACCCAGAAAACCGGCUUCUGGAGGAACUACGGCUUUGGGAUUGCCUGUAUUUACAAGGGUGAUCUUAUUCGAGCUGGUGGUUUUGAUGUCUCUAUCCAAGGUUGGGGUCUUGAGGAUGUCGACUUGUUCAACAAAGUUGUCCAGGCUGGCCUAAAGACUUUCCGGAGCCAGGAGGUUGGAGUCGUCCAUGUACACCAUCCUGUCUUUUGCGACCCCAACCUUGAUCCAAAACAGUAUAAAAUGUGUUUGGGCUCCAAAGCAUCAACUUAUGGGUCUACGCAACAGUUGGCUGAGCUGUGGCUUCAGAAAAACGAGCCCACCUUUGGGAAAAACAGCAUUGCUAAUGGUUCCCUGAGGACAGCCUAACAUCCAGCUAUGCUGGAAGAGGAAACAAAACAAACAAACAAAAACUACCUAUUGCGUUUUUUUUUAUUGCCCUAAUUUAUUUUUUUGGAAAACUUUUUGAUAGUUGAUUUUUUAAGAAAAAGACCACACAAGGGUAUAUUUUAGAAACCAUCGUUUUCUUACAAGGACCUUCUGAGCGUUUUUCUGAACAAAACUGUGAUCAACCUUUGCCUUUUUGAACAAACGUUUGUGGCUGAGUAUUACAACUUGCCUGAUUUCUGACAACUUGAAAUAAAUUACCUUUUCCUGAUAAAACAGACUUUUUAAAAAAGAGAAAAGAAAACUUCCCUGCCCCCCCUUUAUAUUCUUUGGGUUUCCCCAGGAGCUACCCAUUGCUAAGUGGCACAAAUGAUUCCCUUAAUAUUUCUUCCCUCUUGGGUUUGGUAACAACGUAAAUAGAUUCUUCCUUGUAUUUUUUAAAUAAUUGAACAAAGUAAACAAGAGUGGCAGUAUUGGUUAAUUCACUUACAAGAAUCUUUCGAUUUGGUUGGUGUUUCAGCCUUAAAAUGUACCAUUUUUUGCUCGUUGUAUUUCAAGCAACCGGGGGAAAAGGGGAGAUUUGAGCACAACCUUGAUAAAUGUAUACCUUUGCUAAAAACAAAACAAAACAAAAAGUAUUUUCUUUCUUGGUCCACAUGUGGAUCUGAUGUUUAAAAAUUUCCACAGCAGGUGUUGCAUUCUAAAUUGGAUCUCUUGUGUAGAUGCCUUGAUGGCAAAGAACAGUGUUUUAGUUAGUAGGAAAAAAAUGACAUUUCUUUGCCAUAAAAAGCAACAAACUUAAAACCGAGACACUCCAAAUUGAAUGUGUUGGGGAAAUGUCCAACCCCCCCCCCCACCAGUUACAGUAUUUCGAUGGGAACAAUUUACUAUGUUUCCUUUGCUUAAUUAGUUUGUUUUUUGCUGUCUGUAUUGGGUAGGCCUUUAAUUUAUUUAAUAUACUUUGUUCUAGAUCUUCUGUCUUUUUAUUUUUAAUAUCUGCUAGUCAUUAAUAUUUAUGUAUCUUAGGAAUGUAUUGCAUUUUCAUGCUGUUAAAGGUAGCGUACGUCUUCUUACUUUGCAGUAAACUGAUCUCCAAAGAUUCUU